GCCGAAAGACAGUUCACCAGUCAGUUGUGAGUGUGUUGCGUUUGUGGAAGAGUGUGUGGAGCUCUCUAAUCGAUGCAGCUGGUACCCAGGUGGCAGGAUGGAUGCCCUGUUGUGGAGAUGUGUGCUGGGACUCCUCUGCACACCUGCAGUGCUCACCUGGACAGGUAUUGUGAGUUUUUAGUUGACCCUAAAUGGACAAUAAAGCUUCAGACUAAAAACAAGGAGGACCAAGGUGGCAUUCUUGUCUUCAUAAUAACAAAAUGUCUAAAACCUGGGCCCCUGUCUAUCUAUCUCUCUCCCUGCCAGUUUCCCAGAGCCCCAGUGCCGUAUCUCUGAUGAAGGUCAACUUCUCAGCUGAGAUCCACUGCUCCACAUCGCUACCCGACCCCACAGGCCUCUACCUCAGGGGUCGAUUCCACGGUGACAGAGAUGUACUGUACUUGUCGAUGGCUGACAGAGCAGUCAGUAGGAUCACCACCCACUAUGGGUUCAAAGGUCGGGUCACAGUGGUGUCAGACCAGGACCAGGAGGUCAAGCGGUGCUGUGAGUUCACACUGAGGCUGUCCCAGCUUGGGGUGGAUGACACAGACAGUUACUACUGCAGCUGGAGGUACUACGAUAGCCAAAGGAAAGUGCUGGUACAGCUGCAGAGUAAUGGCACCAUCAUCAUGGUCAGAGGUACAAACAUACUUUUUUUUAUUAAAGAAGAAGAAAUGUUAUUCAAUAGGGUUAGGGUGAAUUCCAUUUUUCAUUCAGACUGUCUUUCUCUUCCUGGAUUAACAAAGAAUUGGUAUCCAAUCAUUGUUCUAGAACUGUCUGUUCCACACUUUUUUAUGAUGCGGUGUGAAAAUAUCAAUCUCUGCGAUUUCAAUGACAUACCACAACUUUGUAUUGUAGGGUUUGAGUCAACCUUUGAUGAAACAUUGUCUGAACCUCAACUGAUGGAAGUGGUUUUAAUGUGGCUAGUACUAGCUAUGAUCAUGAUUAGUGCACAAGAUGUUAGAUAUUGUGUUCCGAUAUGUGCAAUGUGGACUCACCAUAUUCCUUUGAAUUUCUUUUGAAUUAGUUUUCCCUGAGCAGUUGACCAGGCCAGGAAAAACUCUGGGCAAGAGUCAAAGGAAUAUAUUGGGGGCCCAGAGAUUGUCAGGAAGACAUGAAGCUGAACCACUUCUUCUAAUUCCCUCUCCCCUCCAUACAGAGAGAGAUCCAGAGGAGUGCUUUGGUGGCGGUCAGACCAUCAUGGAACUCAUCUUGAUUGUGCUGAGUGGGACGACCUUCAUCGUCAUCCUCAUCCUCUUCAUCGGAGCUUGGAUGUGGCGAUGCACAAGGGUAAGCCAGUAUAAAUAAAAUAUGAUUAUGCUCAGUGUUUCCCCUAUAUGUGUUUAGCAGUAUGGCGCACUGCCACUGAUAAAUUGUGGCCGCCACUGCAAAAACAUUCAAAUAAUAAUUAUAAUAAUUUUUGGAAUGGUAAAACGUUUUCAGUGUAACGUUAAAUGACUCAAACGAAAUAUGAAUUAUGUAAAAAAACAUAAUGGAGCAAUAUAUUUUUUAAUAAGAUCAUCUUUGAGAACUAACAAUCACCAUUCUCAGGGAGAAUCUGAAAUUCCAAAAAGGUCAUGGCAUGGGUCCCCCAUUGAUUUUGUUUGAGUCAUUUCAGAUAGCAUAAGAACACGGCAUAGGCCAUGGCUAAAUUUGUAUAAUUGCAGGAAAUUAUCUUUAAAACUGAAAAUUCUCUCAGUCCCAUGGCAAAAUGUAUAGAAUUGCAGGAAAUUAGCUUUGAAACUGCACAUUUUCUCUCAGCCCCAUGACAAAAUUAAUGUGUAGAAUUGCAGGAAACUAGCUUUAAAACUGUAAAAUGUCCCCCCCCCUCAUAACUUAGUCUCUCUUUAGAUACAUAACAUUCUGGAUGAAGUCUAAGAUAAGUGUGAAUAUGAAUUUAAACAUCUCUAUGUUUUCCUACUUACCAAAAAGCACUACACACCAGCCAGGGUCAAUAGAAGACACCACCAUAACCAACACCAGCAUGUGUCCACAGCCCAGGCCUACUUCUUCUCAAGCAGCUCUCCAGACAAGGUCGACUUUAGAGGAAUACUGUAACAUUGAAGGAAUUGGAAGAAGUAAUUCUGCAAUUUAUGUAAUAAUUUACCUUUAGAGUGUCUAUGCAGUUAGGCCUACUGUCUGUUCUCACUAAUGGAAUGUUCUUUAAAUACCAUUUUCGGCUAGAUUUCAGAUAUAUUUUCAGACGUCUGUCUGAGCAAUUGUAAAAUUGUGCAAUCCAUAUUUUUUAUUAUAAUUAUUUUAUUUUUUGCCAUUUGCAUUGUUCUGCCAUUUCUAAAGUUGGUAGUUGUGCAUUUCUCUUCAAUGCAUCUUACAGAAAUGUCAGUGCAAUUAAUAGCGUGCAAUUCUGUGCCAAUUGUAAGCUACUGUUCUCAUCAGAUCUUUCUCACGAAAUGUCUGUGUUUCUCUUCUUUUGUGUCUCCACUUCCGAUUGUUAUGGAAUUGUCUAUGUUAGCAGAAAGACUCAUUCUAUGUGACUCAGUGACACAUACCAUACCACAUCCUGCAGUUUGAUGUCUGACGUGCUUUUCAGAUCAGAUGUGGGCUGCCUAAUGUGUGAACAGGUCAAUUGUUUAUUUUUUGCACAUCCAGCAGAUUUAAAAGAUGAAGUGUUUUGACAAUGUAGGCUAAUCUGUUUGAUUAUCCUACUCUUCAUCUGACAUGUCCUAAUGUGACCAAUGUCACGACUUCCUCCGAAGCUGC